AAUGAACUGAAUUAGGUCGAACUCGGGUUUAAGCAUAAGUUCCACCUGGAAAAUAGUUCCGUAAACCUGAAACCGCAAAUUAUACAAUAAAAUGUCAGUCAUGUUGACGUUAAAAGCUGCACUUCCGGGUUUUUUUUUUCUUUCUCUUUCUGUGAGGCGAUUGUGCGCGCGCUGACGCAGCUGAACUCGGCCGAAGUCGGAGUUGCACAGUCAUGCUGAUGUGGAUCAGACUACUGGCACGGCACUAAACAGCUGGGCAGCUGACCUUUUUUUUAUUAUGUUUUUUUUUUACUUCUAGAUAUUGCGGUAUAAAAGUAGACUCACUUCCGGAAGUUAGCACGCCAGAAUCGGAUUAAAAGAAGUGGCCGUCACGCGCGCUUACUAAAAAGAGUACUUCAUUGGACUUUAUUGUACUCCUCUGUGCUACAGAAACAUUGUGGUUUGAAUUACUCUGGAUAUAUUUUCUGGAUUAUGCGCACCUAAUCAGAGAGCACUGAGACAUACCGCAGAGUCACGCUUGAAGAAAAUGAACCACAGUUGAGAAGGAUUUGUGUGGAUUUAGGAUAUCUGACAAGUUCUUUUGAGCUUCUUUUGUUGGUAUCUAUGUGAUAUUCUCUCAGUAUUUGGCCCGGAUCAUUAAACAAUGCCUAUUUGUUCUGAGAAAGACCCCAGUCAAGAUGGAUUUAGAGUCAGACAAAAAAAACAUGGCUUCCUAUCUCCCAGUGACUCGCAGUUGAGUCUGUAUUACUUCAUGACUCGUGGUUGGAUCUAGACUCUUUUUCCUGCCCAAUAUUCUGUGAAACCAAAUUACAACCCAGCCUUAGAGGAUGAUAUGUCCAAGGAAGAAGAGGCCCGUCAAAGAUGAGGAUUUUUCAGCCAUUGCGGUGCCCUCGAUGAAAGGCCAUGGCUAUCUGGAUUACACCAUUGAGAGUUACCCUUCCAGAGCUCUUCAGCUCAUGGACGAGUUGCGUCAAAACGGACAGCUCUGUGACAUGGUACUUCGAGUGACGUACAAAGAGACGAUAGUGGAUUUCAAGGUGCACAAACUGGUACUGGCAGCCUGCAGCCCAUACUUCAAAGCCAUGUUCACCAGCAACUUCAAGGAGUGCCAGGCCUCAGAGGUGACUCUCAGGGAUGUUUGCCCUCAGGUGAUCAGUAGGUUGGUGGACUACGCCUAUACCUCCCGCAUCACUGUAGGGGAAAAGUGUGUGCUGCACGUCCUGCUGACUGCGAUGCGCUUCCAAAUGGAGGACGUGGCAAAAGCAUGCUGUGACUUCCUGAUGAAGAACCUAGAGCCCUCAAAUGUCAUUGGGAUUGCCCGGUUUGCAGAGGAGAUCGGCUGUGUUGAGCUGCAUCAGCAGUGUCGGGAGUACAUCAACAGUCACUUCAGUGAGGUGACCAAGGAAGAGGAGUUCUUCAGCCUGACACACUGCCAGCUGCUGGAGCUCAUCAGUCAGGAUAGUCUGAAGGUUCUGUGCGAGACUGAGGUCUACAAAGCCUGCAUUGACUGGGUGCGCUGGGAUGCGGAGGCUCGCUCCCAGUACUUCCAUGCUCUGCUCAAUGCCGUCCAUAUCUAUGCCUUGCCGGCCAAGUUCCUCAAGAGGCAGCUGCAGUCAUGUCCUAUCUUGAGCAAGGCCAACGCCUGCAAAGACUUCCUCUCCAAGAUCUUCCACGACAUGACCCUCCGUAAGUACCUGCCCCCUACUCCAUACCGAGGCACUAAGUUGAUUUAUGUGGCUGGGGGUUACAAGCAGCACUCGUUGGACUACAUGGAGGCUUUUGACCCACGAAAAAACACCUGGCUGCCCCUGGCGCCCAUGGAGCAACCCUGCAGUGGCUUGGGGGCCUCCGUACUGUUUGGGCUCUUCUACACUAUUGGGGGUCGAAACCUCUCGCUGCAGAGCAAUGCAGACUCUGCAACACUGUCCUGCUACAACCCCAUGACCAAUCAGUGGACCCAGCUAGCUUCACUUAACACAGCAAGAAAUAGAGUGGGCACUGGGGAACUUGAUGGGAGCAUCUACGCUGUUGGAGGAUCCUAUGGCUCCACACAUCACAACACAGUGGAGAGGUACGAUCCAGAGACAAACAGGUGGACAUAUGUGGCGCCAAUGUCAGUGGCACGCCUGGGAGCUGGCGUGGCAGCAUGCGGGGGAGCUCUGUAUGUGGUGGGGGGCUUUGAUGGCCAAAACCGUUGGAGAGCGGUGGAACGCUACCAACCAGACACCAACACUUGGCACCAUGUAGCAUCUAUGAAUACUGCACGAAGUGGCUUAGGUGUGGUGUCUAUAGAUUCUUACCUCUACGCAGUGGGUGGUUAUGAUGGCCAAAGGCAACUCAACACUAUGGAGAGAUAUAACGUAGCCAGAGAUGUUUGGGAGCCCAUGGCAUCCAUGGUCCACAGUCGAAGUGCCCAUGGAGUCACGGUGUACCAUAACAAACUCUUCGUGUUUGGUGGUUUCAACCAGACUGGUUUCCUGGCCAGCGUGGAGAGUUACUGCCCAGCAAGUAACCAGUGGACGUAUGUGACGGAUAUGCCGGUGGCUCGAAGUGGUAUGGGAGUGGGGGUAACCAUGGAGCCCUGCCCGGGCUGCCUUCCCGAGGAGGAAGACUCCACAUCUGUAUGACGCACAUACUUCAGACUUUGAACCUUGCAGCGUCGUCAGAAAUCAUACCUUAUCCCUUGAGGUUGAGUAGAUUCGUGGCAGGUUUCCCAGUCGGAAUGAUUUUGACCCCUUGUGCUGUGGCAGUAUUUCACAAGUCACAUUUUUCCCCUACAUGGUAUAGGUUUGUGUGUGUGUGUGUGUGUGUGUGUGUGUGUGUGUGUGUGUGUGUGUUAUUUAGAAAGCAAAGCAAAUCACUGGACUACUGACAUUUCUUGAUGAACUUUGAUUACUCUGUGAAUAAAAGUUUUGAUCUGUAUAUUUGUGGAUUUAAAAAACUAAAAAAGUAUAACCUCUUUAUUAGAUAAAUAUAUUGAGCACUCA